CUUGUGUAUGUUCUUGCCUCAUUUCUGACGACGGAGACCACGAACUACAAAAAUACCAUGAUGACGAGCUCUGUUGUAGUUGAUCAUGUCAACAGUGAAAAUAUCAUGGCACCAGCUGACCACGCUCAGCCCGCAGCCUUCGAUAACGUCAAGAACACGCGUCUGCCGCAGCUGGCAGACUUAUCGUGGUGUCGGAAUCCUCUACUGCGCGCGUUGUUUGUCGAUCGGUGGCCUUUGCGCCAGCUUCUGGCUCAUUUUCUAGAGCCAUCGCAAGCACAUGACCAUGAACCUGAUGGGCCUUUUGCACAAAGUGAUAUAGAAGCUAAGAAUGGAGGGAGUGGCUCAAAUGCAAAAAGCAAUUAAGGCUACUUUGCAUCUUCUUGCUGUUCAUGUUUUACCUCCAGAUGAUGUGCUAGCUCGUGCUGCAACUGUGAGGGGGAAUCUCCUCUGUCUAGGUUAGUACUAGCUUCGUGGACCACUGUACUUUCAAAAGGAAAAAUUUUAUAAAUAAGGAUGAAAUAAACUACUUUCUCAGCACCACUAGAUGACUAUCACUAUCCAGCACUAGAAGUCGGAACUACAACAUAUUAAUGCACGAAGAUGAAAAGCUGGUGGGCAGUUUCUAAGAGAGACGCAGCAGUUUCAAGAACGCUGUCUCUGCGGAACAAGCGGGUGACCUGGUGUCAGCUCUGAACUUAGACGGAGACGAGCAAGCGCACUUCGGAUCUCUUGUGAUAUUGGGACUUUAUCUUGUUUUGGAUGAGCAACUUCUUUUGGCCAUUUUGUCGCAUCCUACCUUUACCCAAGUGAACGCGCCGUGCCCAAAGACUGGCGGAAGUUGUCUCCACAUAGCUGCGGCCCUAGAUAAACGGAGAGUGGCUUAUGCCAUACUGGAGCGCUAUGACUUCCUAGUCCUUCACCUGCGAGACGCCCGGGGAGAUGGAGCGCUGGAUCUCUGUCGGGACACCAUAAGUGGCCGCAAAAUACGACACGCGAUUUUGAGCCAUCCUCAGUGGAACGGGAAAGGACAUUCUAAUUCAGUUCUAGCAGCAUACGAUAGUCAUAGUGCGAAGCAGGGAGUUUAUAGUCG